AUGGUGAAAGCUUCUUCAAGACGUAAAUCAUCAUCAGCUACUAAUUCAUCGAAAAAAAGUGGUAAUUUAAAAGAAUUAAGUACUUCACCAAGACCGGAACCUAAAAUUUUACAACGUAGAAAUUCAUCAUUUGCUUCGAAUUCAAGUCCAUGGUUUAGAAGAAAUUCAUUUCUAUCUUCUUCAAUGAUUCAAAAUGAAGAAUAUUCUGUUUAUGAAUCAACUAAUUUUUAUAAUCCAACGUCAUUUAAUAGUAGUGGUAAAUUUUCAAAUUAUAAUAUUAUAAGUCUUAAAGAAAGUCAAGGUUUUAUAUUUAAUCAGGAUUUAUUUGCUACUCCUUAUCAACAAAUUAGAUCUUUGGCAAAUGAAAAGAGAAUAAAACUGAAUAAUAGUCCAAAUAGAAGAAAAAGUUCAAUUAGUCAUAUUAAAAAUGAUAGUAAUAAAUGUGAGAGAAGACAUACUUCAUAUCAUCCGAAUCGUCCAUUAAUACUACAUAAUAUUAAUAAAAAUUCUUCAAAUGAUAAUGCAAUUGAUGAUGAUGAUGAAGAUGAAGAAGGUGAUGAAGGCGUUGAAGGUGAUGAAGGUGAUGAAGGUGAUGAAGAUGAUGAAGAUGCAGAAAUGCAUGAUGCUAAUGACAAUUUACUUACUCAGGUCAAUAUUAAUGAAUAUAUGGAGAACGAAAUGGAUGAUAAUAAUGAUGAAGAUGAGGACGAAGACGAGGACGAAGACGAUGAUAAUGGAACUCAUGUUACUGAUGUAACAGAUGAAAUUGAUGAUGAAGAAGAUGAAAGGGAAGCGGAAGAUGAGGACCUAAUUGAUGACGAUGGAGGUGAAGACGAUGAAGACGAUGAAGACGAUGAAGAUGAAUAUCAUGAAAUGAAUGGAUAUGGUGGGGAAUUGAGUAAUCGAAGAUACAAAGUACGAGUUACAGAAAUUAUAAUAGAUGAAAAAGAUUCUGAUAUCUUCCCAACAUGA